AUGGAUGGAAUGUCAGUACGAACAAGCAUGGUGGGGCGAAAUGAAAGGCAUGAUGGGCGUAAUUGGAUGGAAGAUAAGAGAGGGUCUCUAAUGGUGGUGGCCACAGUUAUUGCAACCAUGACUUUCCAAAUUGCCAUAAACCCUCCAGGGGGUGUUUGGCAAGCAAAAACAGAUGACCAACAAGGUUGUGAAGCUGGUAAAAUCUGCCAAGCAGGUACUUCAGUCCUAGUCUUUGGUAGCAGCAACCAAUGGUUAAAAUAUGAGAUAUUCAUACUGUUAUGCACCGUAUCUUUCUCUGCAUCUCUCACCACAAUCAUACUACUUCUCUGUGGAGUUUCCCUCCAUAACAAGUUUAUCAUGUGGUUCUUCACCAUUGUUUUGUCCAUUUCAGUAAUUUGCACUGCGGGAGCGUUCAGCACAACUCAAACUGUAGAAGCCAAGGCUCAAUAUGUGUUAUAUUAUGAAAAUCUUCUUUUGAAGAGUUAUGUUGUGCACUGA